AAAAGGCAUGAAUUAAUGUACUGCCUUAUGGCCAUUUUAGCCUCUUUUCUGUCGGUUAUUCUUGCAAAUAUCGGGCUUCGAACACAAGUUUGAACCAAAUUUAUUAGCUUUUUGUGUCCUUUGUUUAAAAAUUUCGAAUCUGACGCGUCCAAACGUCUGUGUUUCCUCUCCGAGUUAAGUCUGUCAAGACCGACAUAUUUGGACCAAGAUAUGAGGUUGUAAAGCGCUUGUCUAUGGAUUUUCUCUUCUCUCCUGUUGAGUUCAUCUCGUCGUCUAGCGUUAUUACCAAKGUAUAAUCCUGUUGGUGGUUCCAACCAUGAGUGCAAAUAGACAGAUCAGUUGCUCACCAGAAAUGGACUCCAAUAAAAAUUCCAUUGAACAACUUAAUUGUGCUGGUAGUGUAGAAGAAAUGUCUGAAAAUACUUGCCAAUCUACAAGACAUUCAACUGACUCUCUAGAAUCCUCUCUAGAAGACUCAUUUGUUAGCAGUGUAUCACAGAUCAAAAGAUCAGACAUAACUUUGGAUAGGGAUAGCUACAUAUGUAUUCAUCAAGGACCGAAUAUUGUAUCAUCUUCAUCUGAUAGUGAACCCAAGGAAAGCACUCAAAAACCUCCACUUCUCACAGACUCUGAUCAUGCUGAAGUGAAGGCAUCUGAAACAGAGUCUUUAUUGACUUCACCAGGAUCCUCCACCAGCUAUAACAGAUUGAAUGACAGCUCYGGAAUCAUGUGUCGGAUCUGUCACUGUGGCGAGGAGGAGGAGAAUCUAAUGAUUACAUGUCGGUGUAUGGGAACUGUUAAAUAUGCUCAUCAGAAUUGCGUACUGAAUUGGAUUUCAAAGUCAGGCAAUCAGUACUGUGAACUGUGUAAAUACAAAUUCAAAACAAGAAGAAAGAAGAUCAAAUCUCUUUGGAAAUGGAAAUUCCCAAGUGUAAGCACCAAAGGCUGGCUUCACAUUGGUCUGUUUAUCGCCUUCAUCACCAUGCUCCUCACGUCCAUUACCUGGAUCGUAUGGUCACGUGUCAGCUCCACACCCACUGCCGUUGCUGAGCGAACAACAGAUGAAGUAAAGUUUGCAUACAUGUUGAAUGGACUAUUCAUUGCACUUGCUGUCGGCGGGUUAUAUUUUGAUAGUUAUCGACAUGUGAAGAGGUACUUCCAACGAUGGUCAGUACUUAACAGACAUAUGAUUAUCGAGCCAUACUGCAAACCCAGUACAGAAGGAGGUAAGACCAAGGAAGAAGAGACUCCAAUGAKACCUCUUUCCUCCUCCAGUUUAGGGGUAGAGAUCAGAGAAAAUGAAGAGAAUCAUCCCGGUGGUGCCAAGAAAAAGACAACAAAGAAGAAUAAGGGUACCUGGGUAUGAUAAAAAAAUAAUGAAGAUUCACUCCUUUUACUCAAUAUUAUUAAUAUUAUAUUUCAUUAAUAGCCAGACUAGAAUAGACUCGUUAGGUAUUAAUAGCUAAAUACAAAUGAAUUGUUCUUUGUUUUCUCUUCACAACGUGGCCAUCUUGGUUUGAACAGUUGGUUUGUAAUAAACCCAGUCAUGAUCAAGAUUGCUCCUAUGUGCCAUAAAGAAAGUCUGCUUGUCAUGCAAUGUGYAUUGUAACGUUUGACAAUGCAGAAUUUAGAUAGGUAGUUUCAAAUAAUUCUGUCAAAUUUUUUCUGGCCAAAGGUGGCAAACCAAGUGUUGUGAAACCAAAGAUGGCAGACGUGAAAAGAGCUCAUAAAUAACUAAAAGAAUACGUUUUUGCAUGUUCAGUAUUCUGUACUCUACUUCCUAAGGAAGUGAUUAUGGCAUGCUGGUGUAYGUAUAUGAGAUACUUGGUCACUGUAUCAACUGAGCCCCAGGGGUGGCAGGGUGGGGUKUGUUACCUUGGAAAACUUGUCAUACAUGUAUAUUAAGCCACAGGAGAGUUCAUGGGGCUGGACAUACCCUGGGAAAUAUGCAUAGAGGUUUCAGCCUUGCUCACUUCCCCAAGUGUAGGAAGUGUUAURUUAUUUUUUAAGCUUAAAAUAAUGAUCUAGAGAAUGUGAAAAUGUGUCACUCCCGGAAACACUUAGGGAAUUUGAAUGUAACAUCCACCCUACCCCUCCAUCCCUGUAGCUUUUAGCACUGAUAAGUGGCUUCUUGUUCGUGUCCAUCAACAUCAUGUUGGUGACCAUUAUUAUAAAUAAUAUUGAAUAUAGCAGUCUGAUGACUUAAUUCUUAAUGUGUUCAUGACAUGCUAUCAGAUUUGAUGCCUAUUUUUGUUAGCAUCUCAUAAUCAUUUGCUGCCAAAAGAAAGACAACCUGGUUCAUGUUUUGGUGUGCAAAGUGACUAGACAAAAUUCCUUCAAAGAUCCUUUCCUUGAGCCCAUAAAUGCUAUUUUUUUCAAGAGUCUUUCUGUCCUCAAUGGGCUUAGUAAAUGAGGUUGUUUAUUAACCAGUUGUGCUAUCUAUUGAUCAAUAAUGACAGUAUAAAUAGCCAUAUAAGCAUAUAUAGGUAGUUAUACUGUAAGGGUUGCCAAGCUGUUUUUUGGCAGUGUAAAAUAUGCAAAAAUYGUAUAAUUCGAAUUUUGAAAUUUAUAAAUUGGUGGUGCUUGAAUCUUAAGAGGGGUAAAAAUCUUGCUGAAAUUUCUCAGAAAUUUCAUUUAGUCAGUGUCUGCACUACAGUAUCUUUGGGGUUUUGUAGUCUAAACCUCGUUACAUGUCGUAUCCAAGAUUUCCCAGGAGGGGGUGACUCUUGUCUAAYCUCAAGAAAUUACCCUUCCUUCCCCUACUUCAAAGGGGCACAUCAAGUGUAAAGGCGAGGCUAUAGGCACCUCAAGAUUACCUUAGAUAUGCCCCUCAACUGAUAAAUAUAUGAAUGUAGAGUAAAUCGACUUGCCGUAUAAAAUUCCCAUUUUUUAUAUGAYUUUUUAAAGUUAUGCUGACAGUGUAACAAGUCAAGUAAUCACAUUCUGCCAUAUUAGAUAAUAGGGGGAUUGAAUUAGCAUAAAUUYAACCAUGUCAGAUACAACAUCCUAAAUAUUCAAUAACAAAUUCUUUAUGAAAGAACUUUUAAAGUGAUUUGAAGUCUUUUGAAAUUUCAAGAAUGGCAUCACAAAUUACCAAACCAAAAUUAAACGACGAUAUGAUGAGAAGUGGUCACAUGACCCAAAUUGUUAAUCCAAUGUUAAAGAUUUCAGACAUGCAAUUCCUGAUCAAUCAUUAAAAAGCAUCUCUUCAAUAUAUAACUAAUGCCAAUGUUUUGAUGAGGCUCUUUAAGACAAUGGAACAAAAUUUGUAAAUUAAUUAAUGUGUAGUUCCAAAAAAUAUYCAUACCCCUCCCGCUAAGGRGGUUACAGAGUUUGUAUGGAAGGAAAUUGGARGUUUCUGGGGGUAGAGGGGUACUUUUACAAAUUUCCUCCAUGGUGGAGGUAUGGAUAUUUUCUCAAACUACACAACAUGUUCUGGCGUAAUUAUUUCUUGGUAGAAAACAUUUGAUUUUAAAAUUAUUUGGCCUCAUAUUUGAUGCAAAUUUAGAUACCACUCAUUUUUAUUGCAAAUUCUUAGGUGAUUAAGUGACGCAUAUAAAUGAUUUGGUCUCRUGAUCAAUAAAGAUUUGUCCAAAAGCAGUUUCCUUGUCAGUAUCAAAWCCAAAAUAACCUGAAGAGAUAAAUGUUUUUUGGUAAGGAAAAGAUUAUUCGUCACCUUUUUCUGCUGCAUGCAUUUAAUAUUUGAUUUUGCUAUUGAAUAUGGAGGAAAUGUAUCUUCUGAUCAAUGAAAAUUCCAAGAACAGGUUGUCUCUACAUUCACAUAAAACCAAAUUUAUCUGAAGAAAUACAUGAACUACUUUGAAGAACUGUCUGAGCUCAAAUCAGUGCUCAUUAAAGAGGUGCAUACCAUAAAUUAGUGAAAACCUUUGUAAGAAAAUUGUACAAAUUUGCAAAAAUUAGUAAGCUCAGUAAACUGGAUUGCGUUAACGCUUGGGUAACUUUACACUGCAAUAGUUCAAAAUGUAAUGUUUCAUUUAUUUCUUAUACAGAACUUUGCACUUAUUUGUACAAUUUUGUUAGCUUUUUCGUGGAUUUAUGGUAUGCACUCUUAAGCAUAUAAUUUAAAAUUUGCUAAACAACUUAAUUUUCAUUUUAGCCCCCUCCCCCUUCCGCAGUAAAAAAUAUUCUCCUACAUCCCUGAGAUAUCAUUACAAGACUAGAAUUAAAUGUGCACAUGCAAGUUAUAACCAAGACCAUUCAACACACCUUUGUUUGCUGUCAUGGGCACUGGAGGAUUUCAUGUUCAAUGAAUUACACAAGUGCCAUGUUUUGUUAGACCCCAUGUUACAGUAUCACUAUCUUGGAAACAGAAACAUUUUCAUGCUAACAAGCAUCUUGUGGAAGUUGUUUAGAGUAACAAUAAAUAUUAAGGGUAGAAAUAGUUAUAUUUGAUAAGCAUUUGAUUAUAUUUUCACACCAUUAAUAAUAAUUGCAAAAUUGACUAUAAGUUCGUUAAGUUCGUUAUAAAAUUAACAUAGUUCACAAAUAUUAUAUCAAAUCAUUGACAAGUUUAAAGUACAUUUCAAUAAAAGGUUUAAAUAAGUGUCAAA